ACCCGCAUAAUUCAACACCCGCUCAUCAAAACAAUGGGCCUGUGUCCGUGCGCCAGAGAGAAUCGAGCCCGAGACGGUGAAGCUACCACUAGGUGCGUAAGCGUAUACAUGUUAUCGGCGCCGAAACGCAGUACAACUACUGAUUAUUACUGAUAACUAGACAAUUAAGGAAGGAAUAAGCAUACAGGCAAUUCUGCAGAUACAAGUAAGUAUACAUAACCCAUACUCGCCGUGGUAGGCCAACAGAAGUUUCGAAAUUGGGAGAGUGGUAAAGCGACGCCGGAGCCAAAUUAGUCUAGAAAGAUGUUGCAGAGCAAGUCCUUUGUCCGCAAAACGAAGCAAGGCAAAGUUAUCAAGGUCGUUAGAGAACACUAUCUGAGAGACGAUAUCUACUGCGGAGCCCCUUUUUGCAAUGUCUGCGAUUCUAAAAGUGCUCGCUUGAGCUCCUCUGCCCCCACCAUUCUUAUUUUUGACACCAACGUCGUCCUCAAUCAGAUUGACUUGCUCGAGAAUCCGGCAAUUGAUGAUGUUGUCAUAUUGUCAGUGGUGUUGGAAGAGGUGAAGAACAAGAACCUCUCGGUUUAUAAUAGAAUCAGAGCCCUCUGCAGCAAUUCUACAAGGAAGUUCUUUGUGUUUUCCAAUGAAUAUCACAGGGAUACAUAUGUGAAGGCCAUGGUCGGUGAAAGUCCAAAUGAUCGGAAUGAUAGAGCUAUUCGGGUGGCAGCGCAGUGGUAUAAAAAUCAUCUUGGUGAUGCAAGUAGGGUCUUACUAAUCACAAAUGACAGGGAGAACAAGAGGAAGGCCACUGAAGAGGGAAUUUCUGCGGAGACAGUUGAAUCAUUUGUGAAAUCACUUGAUCAACCUGGAUUACUUGACCUGCUUGUUCAGCCUCGUUCAGAAGAUGUAGGCAUGGAGGAAGUUGAAGAUCUGAGACCUUCAAAGAGGAAAAUACUUUAUACUGAGCAUAAACCCAUGUCAGAGAUUACUGCUGGCUUGCAUUGUGGUAUUUUCCAUCAAGGGAAACUUCGUGUUAAUCGUUACAAUCCUUUUGAAGCAUAUGUAGGAAGUGAGAGCAUUGGUGAUGAGAUAAUCAUAUAUGGGCGUGUAAACAUGAAUAGGGCUUUCGAUGGUGAUAUAGUGGCAGUGGAACUUUUGCCUCAAGAUCAAUGGCAUGAAGAGAAGUCAUUGUCCAUAGCUGAUGAAGAGGAUGAGGAAGAAGAUGUUCAUCUAGUUCCAAGCAGUGCUGAUGAUGCUCCUAGAGUUCCAAAUCCAGCACAAGGUUCUGCGGGAGGUGCAAAUACUGUAUCUUCUCGUCCAUCUGGCCGUAUUGUUGGUAUCAUAAAACGGAACUGGCACUCAUAUUGUGGAUCUUUGGAGCCAAUGCCUAUGCCCGCAGGCACUGGUGGUGUUGCCCAUGCUUUAUUUGUCUCUAAAGAUCGCAGGUUUCCAAAGAUACGGAUUCAAACUCGACAACUUGGAAAUCUUCUGGACAAAAGAAUUAUUGUUGCCGUUGAUUCUUGGGAUCGUUUAUCUCGAUAUCCUUCUGGGCAUUAUGUACGAACAAUAGGAGUAAUCGGUGACAGGGAAACUGAAAGUGAGGUAGUGUUGAUAGAGAAUGAUAUAGAUUCGAGACCAUUUACUUCUCAAGUUUUGUCAUGUUUGCCGCCAUUACCUUGGUCUGUGUCUUGUGAAGAUCUGGCAAAUCCUAUUAGGCAGGAUUUGCGUCAUAUACGUGUCUUUAGCGUGGAUCCUCCAGGUUGCAAGGAUAUUGAUGAUGCAUUACAUUGUACAGCUCUUCCAAAUGGAAAUUUUGAAGUUGGAGUUCAUAUUGCUGAUGUUACAAAUUUUGUGCACCCUGGAACCCCUCUUGAUGAUGAGGCUACACAAAGGGGCACAUCAGUGUACCUUGUUGAGCGGCGAAUUGACAUGCUUCCUAAACCUUUAACAGAAGAUAUUUGUUCUCUUCGAGCUGAUGUAGAGAGACUAGCAUUCUCUGUUAUCUGGGAAAUGACACCUGAAGCGGAGAUUAUUUCUACAAGAUUCACAAAAAGUGUCAUCAAGUCAUGUGCAGCAUUGUCUUAUGUAGAAGCUCAAGCCAGGAUGGAUGAUAGCCGCUUGAUGGAUCCGCUAACUACAGAUUUGAGAAAUAUGAAUGUUUUAGCAAAGGUAAUGAGGCAGAGGCGUAUUGAUAGAGGAGCAUUGACUCUUGCCUCCGCUGAAGUGAAAUUUCAGAUUGAUACUGAAACUCAUGACCCUCUUGAUAUUGGGAUGUAUCAAAUUCGAGAAGCAAACCAGAUGGUUGAGGAAUUUAUGCUUGCUGCUAAUAUUUCAGUAGCAGCAAAAAUCCUGGAACAUUUCCCCCCAUGUUCAUUGCUUAGGCGCCAUCCUAGUCCAACCAAGGAGAUGCUUGAACCGUUGCUUCGUACGGCUGCUGCUGUUGGCCUUCAUUUGGAUGUGUCCACAUCCAAAGCAUUGGCAGAUUCACUUGAUUGUGCUGUGGGUGAUGAUCCAUACUUCAAUAAGCUCAUUCGCAUCCUGGCUACUAGAUGCAUGACACAAGCCGUUUACUUCUGUAGUGGAGAUCUUAGUCCCCAAGAAUUUUAUCAUUAUGGCCUUUCAGCACCUCUUUAUACACACUUUACCUCUCCUAUUAGGAGAUAUGCAGAUGUCGUUGUACACAGGUUACUUGCUGCAUCUUUAGGCAUCUACAAGCUUCCAGCCAUAUUUCAAGACAGACCCCAACUUACCAGUAUUGCCGACAAUUUAAAUUAUCGGCAUAGGAAUGCUCAGAUGGCGAGCCGGGCCUCAGUAGAGGUUCAUACUCUCAUCUAUUUCCGGAAACGGUACAUGCCCACGGACACGGAGGCCAGAAUUGUGAAAAUAAGAUCAAAUGGCUUCAUUGUUUUUGUGCCCAAGUAUGGUAUUGAGGGGCCUGUCUACUUGACGGCAAGAGGUGAUAAAGGAGGUGGCGGAGAAUGGUUGGUAGAUGAGCAGCAGCAGAAGGUUAAGAAGAGUGAUGGUAGCAUUUCAUAUGGUGUUCUUCAGACAGUGAGGAUUCAUAUGGAGGUUGUGGAGCCCCAACCCAACCGGCCUAAGCUCCAACUUACCCUUAUCUAAAAGAUGUUACUUUUUCUGUUUUUUGGAAUUUAAAAGAUUACUUAAUUUUUGCCAACAGAUAAAAAUCCGCUUGUAUGACUUUUUUUACACUGUAUAUAGAGCUGUUUGUGCAGAGCAUAGCGGUGUUAUUGAUAAGUGAAUUAAACCACUGGGUAUGGCCCACAGUAUGUAAGAAUAUUAUUAUUAUUAUUAUUAUUAUUAUUAUUAUUAUCAUUUGUUUC